CUAAAACGGUAUAAAAUUCAACGGCAAUGUUGAAGAAUUUUGAAGAUACUUAUAUUAAGCUAUUUGAUUUACUUUGAUUAUAGGUACUAUUAAAUAUGGCCAGUUCAUAUUUAUUUCUCAUUGUCAUUGGUACCUUAGUUACUGGGGCAGCUAAUUCAUUAUUCACUAAAUAUCAAGAUAAUCAAUGUGUUAGAAAUUGUUCUAAUCCCGAUGUCUCCACUCAUAAAAACUUUGAGCAGCCGGGAAUACAAACGUUUCAAAUGUUUGUAGGGGAAUUUGCUAUGAUAUUUGUUUAUUAUUUAAUUUAUAAGUCUAAAUAUGGUAUCCAAUCCCGAAAUGAAGGUUAUACCCAAAUUGGUGGAGAACAAAAUUCUGAUGAAGCUCAACAAGAACAAAGUAAAUCUAGCAAAAUAUCUGUAUUUGAAAAUUGGAAGCUUGUCAUUCCUGCUGCUUGUGAUUUAUUUUGUACUACCUUAUUAAAUAUUGGACUUGUAUAUACUCCAGUUUCAAUUUAUCAAAUGACUAGAGGAUCUGUGGUAUUAUUUGUAGCAAUGUUAUCAGUAUUAUUCUUAAACAGAAAAAUCACUAAAUUAGAAUGGGUAUCAUUAUUCUUUGUUUCAUUGGGUGUUGCUCUUGUCGGGUUAAGUGGUUCUAAAAAUGCAGAAUCUCUGUCUACUACUGAUGGGGUUAGCCUUUCUGGAUUAGUUAUUUUGGGGAUUUCAUUAAUUGUAGUAGGUGAAUUAUUACAAGCCUUCCAAUUUGUUAUUGAAGAACAUAUUUUAGAUAAACAUCCUAUUGUACCAUUACAAAUUGUUUAUUCUGAAGGUUUCUUUGGUUGUGCUAUCUUACUUGUUGGUAUGAUAAUUCUUAGUAUAAUUGUUGGAGCAAUUCAAAGUCCUGAACAAUUUGAAGAAUCACCUUUUAAUCUUGUUGAAGCAGUAUCUCAAGUUGUUCAUUCUAAACAAGUAUUCUUAUCAUCCAUUUGUAUUAUGAUUUCAAUUGCUAUUUUUAAUUAUUGUGGUAUAACUUUAACUCAUGAGUUAUCCGCUACUGCAAGAUCAACUAUAGAUACUUGUAGAACAUUACUUGUCUGGAUUUUAGCUAUUUUAAUGGGCUGGGAACAAUUCCAUCUUUUGCAAUUUUUCGGUUUCGCAGUCUUAGUAUUUGGUACUUUAUGUUUCAAUGGUAUCUUAACACCAGAAAAUUGGCCAUUUAUACCUCAAUGGUUAAAGGAAGAUACUAAUCCAGAAGGUCGUUUAAUUGACGUUGUUGAUGAACAAAUCGAAAGAAUGUAAUAAUAAUAAUAAUAAUAAUAUGUAUAUAUCAAUAUAUAAAUAUAUAGAUUUUGAUUUAAUAGCCUAAGACAUAUUGGGUGU